AUGGAGGAGCCAAAGACACCCACCCAGAAGCCCGUUGAAGUGGCUCCCCCAGAGGACUGCUAUCUAGGCACGAUAUCCCCCGUCCCUAGUGGUGAAGGGGAGCCCAACAACCGCCACGGAGAAGCACACAUGGGCAGAUACCGUCGUUCGUUCCGCUCGCGACACAUCCAGAUCUUGUCACUGGGCAGCAAUAUCGGCAGUGGACUAUUCAUCUCCACCGGCAAGGCUCUGCGGAAUGCUGGGCCGGGGAAUAUGAUUAUUGGGUAUGGGGUUGUUAUGACCAUGGUUAUAGCAGUACUGCAGACAUUAACAGAGAUGACGGUUGCAUUCCCCGUCAGCGGCAAUGUCAUCGACUAUGCGGAUCGGUUCAUAGACCCUGCCGCUGCCUUUGCUAUCGGGUUGGGCGAGUGGCUUGCUUGGACGACGGUGCUGGCGUCGGAAGGCGCUGCUUUCAAUGUCGUUGUUCAGUACUGGACUGAUGCUGUGCCGGUAGCGGCUUGGAUGACAAUCAUCCUCAUCAUCACCUUUGCGGUCCACGCGUGCCCUAACCGGGUCUUCGCCGAAGUCCAAUAUGCCACUGCCUUGGUGAAAGUAGCAAUGAUGCUUAUUUUCAUCGGUACAAGCUGUGCCAUGCUCGCCGGUGCUGGCCCAACAGGUACCGUCCAUAACGGACAAUACUGGCGCGAGCUGCCUCCAUUCCUGCAUAAUGUGAAGGUGAGCAAGUCUGCAUCCCUAGCCAUCGUCAACACGCGGUUUCUCAUUGCAGGGGAACGACAUAGGGCACAUGUCUCUGCGCCAUCUACGCCAUCUGGGGAGUAG